CAUCAGGUCGAGUUCAGAGAGAAAGUCUAGUGCAGAGUGAGUCGCCCCCGUUCUGGUUGUAAAGGGACAAGAGCUGUUGGACGGCCAGUACAAAGGGUGAGUCCACGGAACUGCGAAAACUGCUUUUGUGCCGGUCUGCUCACUCAUCCGUGACGCCUUCGAGCGACUUUUGAGAGAAAAGAAAGCGUUUUCCCCCCACCGAUGGCAGAGAGUCGUUUCACGGUCGCCAUCCGUGCACAGUACAACGAUCACAACGAUAAGUGCGACAUCAUCGCCCGAAAGAACAGCGAGGAUCUCACCCCCGAGCAGAACGCCAUCUUCGACCAACUGAGCGACGAGAUUAAGAAACGCUACUAUGGAGCUGGACUCAUUAUCCCAGAGAAUCUGGAGGGCAAGCGCGUGCUGGACAUCGGAUGUGGGUCAGGAAGCCUCGUUUUUAUCCUCAGUAAACUGGUUGGGCCGACAGGGUAUGUCGUGGGCAUGGACAUCAGCGACAAACUUAUUGAAACAGCUAAGUCGCAAAUUGAGUAUCAUCAGAAAGCGUGGGGCUACAGCAAACCAAACUGUGAGUUUUCAGUUGGCAAUGCAGAAAAGCUGGACUUCGAACCUGACAGCUUUGAUCUCAUCGUAUCUAACGGUGUCUACUGCCUGUGUCCUGACAAGAAGGGUUCAUUUCAGUCAGCCUACAGCGUGCUGAAGGAAGGAGGACAGUUUUAUCUCAGCGACGUGUAUGCAGAAAGGCAGCUUCCAGCAGAGUACCAUGACAACGAGUUUUUGUGGAGUUGUGGUGCUGUCGGUGCAAUGAAGUGGGAUCACCUUGCCUUGAUUACGAAGGAGGCUGGUUUCACUACCCCUUACCUCAGACAAGUUGGCCAAGCAAAGCAUUAGAUUUAAAGAAUAUCUUUCUAUUCUGGAAACAAACAGAUAUCUGUGCGCCGCCUUUCGGCUUUUCAAGUUACCACAAGGCGCUUUCCGCAAAGCCUCACGGGUAACGUACAACGGAAACAUACCCGGGUUCCCGUCCUGUUUGAAAUGGGAUAUCGACCUAACAUUCAAGACAGGAGAGGCGUUGAUGUAGAUGCCGAGCUAGCAACUAUCCUGUCGUCGUCUUAUCUCAAAGACAACUUCAAUUUUGAAGAUAUUGACAAUGAACCGUCUACUCACAGGAAUCAGAAUCCGUUUGCUUACCUGGACAAAUUACUGGCCGAAGGAAAUGCCCCGGACUUUAUUUUCAAGGCAAAUGAAUGACUUCUACCUGUGUAUACCUGUGCCACUACAUUAAUCAGACUUCAUUAAAAACUUAGAGAGUUAUGUGUCAUUUGAAGCUUUUUUUUUCUUUUUGAUGCUUCUACAUGAAUGAAACGUCAAAUGUUUAAUAACAAUUACACUCCAUUGGUUUCAGGAUCAAGUUCUUUCUAGCUUUAUUUGAAAAACAAUUAUCUUUGUUUUAUUUCAUAGCCACAGAGGCAAUUAGCCCAUUGAUGAUUAGCCUUAUGUGUUCUGCUCAAUAAAUAUUUGGUCUAUUUUA